GGCCCGUUUUGCGGGAACAGUGUCAACAGAAAAGCCGGGGGCCGUGAAUGACGCGUGGUCUGCUCGCACUAUUUGGGCAAUAUUUUGAAACUUCUUAAUCAACCCUAUCAACUUUUUAGUCUUUUCAAACUCAUCGUGUCUGGAAUUAUCCGUGUUCAUAUUGAAAUACGCGAUUCCAUCAGCAUAUUAUGUCCGAAACAGAAGGCAACAUGGAGCAGCAGCUAACGUUAGAAGAGCCGAGCCAACACGACCCGGCCGGUCCAGCAGAGGAUGAGAUGUCAGAAAAUGGUCGUGAUGAAGUUUCGGAUACAGCGCUGGAUAGCGAAGUCCAGUCAUCCUCAUCUCCCUCAGAGAAAGAACAAGUUGAACAGUCGAGUGGAUACGAAGAAAAAGUGCAAACAGACCGAACCAACAGAUUCGAGUACCUCCUGAAGCAGACGGAAGUAUUUGCUCAUUUCAUCCAACCAGCCGCCCAGAAGACGCCAACUUCACCUCUAAAGAUGAAGCCUGGUCGCCCUCGCAUUAAAAAAGAUGAGAAACAGAAUCUGCUGUCUGCUGGAGAUAACCGUCAUCGUCGCACUGAGCAGGAGGAAGAUGAGGAGCUUCUAAGUGAAAGCAACAAGGCCACCAGCGUUUGCACACGUUUUGAUGACUCGCCUUCAUAUGUAAAAUCCGGCAAGCUGAGAGACUAUCAGGUCCGUGGACUCAACUGGCUCAUUUCACUCUAUGAGAAUGGAAUUAAUGGGAUCCUGGCUGAUGAAAUGGGUCUUGGAAAGACUCUCCAGACCAUCUCUCUGUUGGGCUACAUGAAGCACUAUAGAAAUAUUCUUGGGCCUCACAUGGUUCUCGUGCCCAAGUCCACUCUGUAUAACUGGAUGAAUGAGUUUAAGCGCUGGGUUCCCUCUCUGAGGGCCGUCUGCCUCAUCGGUGACAGAAAUGAAAGAAACGCAUUUAUCCGUGACACGCUGCUGCCAGGCGAAUGGGAUGUGUGCGUUACCUCCUAUGAGAUGCUAAUUAUCGAGAGGGCCGUCUUCAAAAAGUUCAACUGGAGAUACCUGGUUAUUGACGAGGCCCACCGUAUCAAGAAUGAAAAAUCAAAGCUUUCAGAGAUCGUGCGAGAGUUCAAGACGACAAAUCGAUUGCUGCUGACCGGAACGCCGCUGCAGAACAACCUUCAUGAGCUUUGGGCUCUGCUGAACUUCCUGUUGCCCGAUGUCUUCAACUCUUCUGAGGAUUUCGAUGCCUGGUUUGACACAAAUAACUGUCUGGGAGACCAGAAGUUGGUGGAGCGUCUACAUUUGGUACUGCGUCCAUUCCUGUUGAGACGUAUUAAAGCUGACGUGGAGAAAUCUCUCCUCCCCAAAAAGGAGAUCAAGAUGUAUAUCGGGCUCAGCAAGAUGCAGAGAGAAUGGUACACCAAGAUUUUGAUGAAGGAUAUUGACAUUUUGAACUCCGCUGGUAAGAUGGACAAAAUGCGUCUGCUGAACGUUCUGAUGCAGCUGAGGAAGUGCUGUAACCAUCCCUACCUGUUUGAUGGGGCGGAGCCUGGACCACCCUACACCACUGACCUCCACCUGGUUGUCAACGGCGGCAAGAUGGUGGUGCUGGACAAACUGCUACCUAAACUCAAAGAGCAAGGCUCUCGUGUUCUGAUCUUCAGUCAAAUGACCAGGGUGCUGGACAUUCUGGAGGAUUACUGUAUGUGGCGGAACCAUAAUUACUGCCGCCUGGAUGGACAGACGCCCCAUGAGGAGCGACAGAUCUCCAUCAAUGCUUUCAAUGAGCCCAACAGCCCAAAGUUUCUAUUCAUGUUAAGCACCAGAGCUGGAGGUCUCGGGAUCAAUCUGGCCACUGCUGAUGUUGUCAUCAUCUACGACUCAGACUGGAAUCCUCAAGUGGAUCUUCAAGCUAUGGAUCGCGCCCACAGGAUUGGUCAAAAGAAACAGGUGCGCGUGUUCCGCUUCAUCACAGAAAACACAGUCGAGGAAAGAAUCGUGGAGCGUGCGGAAAUGAAACUCCGCUUGGACUCUAUUGUCAUUCAGCAAGGCAGACUAGUAGAUCCAAGUAUGAACAAACUGGGCAAGGAUGAGAUGCUGUCCAUCAUUCGACACGGUGCCACCCACGUUUUCGCUUCUAAGGAGAGCGAGAUCACAGAUGAAGAUAUUGAUGCCAUCUUGGAAAGAGGAGAGAAGAAGACCAUGGAGAUGAAGGAAAGGCUGUCCAAUCUUGGCGAAGGCUCACUGAAAAACUUCACUGUGGACACGGAGAACAGCGUGUACAAUUUCGAGGGUGAAGAUUACAGAGAAAAGAAGAAGGUCAUCACUAACUGGAUUGAACCGCCCAAGAGAGAACGCAAGGCUAAUUACGCUGUGGACGCCUAUUUCAGAGAGGCCCUGCGUGUCAGCGAGCCCAAAGCACCAAAGGCUCCUCGUCCUCCCAAACAGCCCAACGUUCAAGACUUUCAGUUCUUUCCUCCUCGGCUCUUUGAGCUGCUAGAGAAGGAGAUAUUGUAUUACAGGAAAACUAUUGGCUAUAAGGUGCCAAGAAACCCAGAUCUGCCCAACUCGGCCCAAGCGCAGAAGGAGGAACAGGCAAAGAUUGAUGAAGCAGAACCACUUAAUGAGGAGGAGCUAGAGGAGAAGGAGAACCUCCUCUCACAGGGUUUCACUAUCUGGACCAAGCGAGACUUCAAUCAGUUCAUCAAGGCCAACGAAAAGUGGGGAAGAGAUGACAUAGAGAACAUUGCUCGUGAGGUAGAGGGAAAAACCCCAGAGGAGGUCAUGGAAUAUUCUGCUGUGUUUUGGGAACGCUGCAAUGAGCUUCAGGACAUAGAGAAGAUCAUGGCUCAGAUUGAAAGAGGAGAAGCCAGAAUCCAAAGAAGGAUCAGCAUCAAGAAAGCACUGGACUCUAAAAUCGGUCGGUAUAAGGCACCUUUUCACCAGCUCAGAAUCUCCUAUGGCACCAACAAGGGGAAGAACUACACAGAGGAAGAGGAUCGCUUUCUCAUCUGCAUGCUGCACAAGCUGGGUUUCGACAAGGAGAGCGUUUACGAUGAGCUGCGUCAGUGCAUACGCAACUCUCCCCAGUUUCGCUUCGACUGGUUUCUCAAGUCCCGCACGGCCAUGGAGCUUCAGAGGAGGUGUAACACCCUGAUCACACUCAUUGAACGUGAGAACAUGGAGCUGGAGGAGCGAGAGAGGGCAGAGAAGAAAAAGAGGGGACCUCGAACAUCUUCGGCCCAGAAACGCAAGCAGGACGGGACUCCCGACGGUCGUGGUCGCCGGAAAAAGCUCAAAUUGUGAGCUGAUGUCAGACCUCAGUUGGUGAGGACCUUCAGUACAGGAAUACUUGCAUUUGUUGGUACGGGUCCCACUGAUGAACAGUAUAAAUCUGCAGCACUGAUCCUCGCCUACAAGUAGCUUGACCUCUUUUAGAAAGGCGUAGAGAUGUACAUUAGAUCUGUCUUUUAGGUAAAACAAAAUGUACUACGGCUGUGCUGUCAAUGUUGGUUUUUUUUGUAUUUAUGCUUUUUUUUUAAACCACAUUCCAGUUGCUUGGAUAAAUGAUUUGUGCUCUUUCAUUUUUAGAGCAUUCAGUAAUGUCUGUGUACCCUUCAUUUGAGUAGUCCAUUGAACAUGUGACUAAUAAAUGUCAUUGUUUUUAUAAACAUUUCUCCAUAUUUUUUCUUUCAAAUAAACAUAUGUUUGCCUUGGGCCUUGAUGUA